GAAGCCUCAGCACAGCCAGGAAUCCUCAACUUCGCCGGCGGCGCUUUCUACUCGUGCUUGAAGUUUAUGGCCUAUCAAGUGAGAGCACUGCAUCUAAAGCCUUGUUUAUCAAUAUUGGAGAAUGAAGUCUCAGAAGUUUCAUAUAUAACCCUUGCAACUUAUGCAGUCCUGAGGUGGAGCAGAAAACCUAAUUUAAGUGGAGCAACUUCAAGGAUUGGCUUAAAGUCUGCCUCUUAUCCCAAAACGAGGAUGCAGUCUUUCAUAACAAUGGUGAACUAUUGGAAAGCUGGUGUGUGCUUAGGUCUUUUUGUGGAUGCUUUUAAACUAGGUAGUUAAAAAUCUCAAUUCACAAUAAUCUAUUUAACCUCUGUUGUUAUAUCAUGAAUGAAUGCUGAUAAAUAUCAAGCAUUCAGAAAAUGAGCAAAGCUUGUGAUAUUCUUUGUCUAUGAUUUUUUUUGAAUUAAGGGUUCUUGUAGUG